UCGAACUUCAAAAUGGACCCCAACCUCAUCCUCAAAAAAGCACCACCUCUGCACCAAGCCUGGCUCGCUCACGAAGAAGCCUUCAAUCUCCUCGCCGCCAAACCCGUCAUCACAGACCCGAAUGUCAGUCAGAAACUCUACAGCGAGACCUGCAAAGCAGUUAAUGCAGAACUGCUCGCCGACAGAGACAAAUAUCUAACCGAGCACAUCGCCACUUUGGAGAUGAAAUUGGAACCCAAUCCAGGCUCAGCUAAUGCUCAUUCCAUUCCUAUCAGAAAAUACUUCCCCAUUUCAUCCAGUCCCGUGACGAAGAACAUUGUCGUCUAUUUCCACGGUGGAGGACUUUACGUCGGCGAUCUAGACAGUGAAGACUUGACAUGUCGUCGAAUAUGUAAAGCUCUUAAUUGCACGGUGUACUCGUCUAGCUACCGCAAGAUGCCGCAGUUCACAGCUGAUGACGCACUCUCUGAUGCUCUGUGCACUUUUAAAGAGGUCGCCAGUCACAAGAAAGAGGGUAAACUUGUAGUGAUAGGGAGCUCGUCUGGUGGACAACUUGCGGGCCAAAUUUCACAGCAUUAUCGAACUCUUAAGAGCGAUUUGAUCGAUGGGGUGUUGUUGAGAGGGCCAGUAACCUGUAAUUCCACGGAAGGUGGCAAGUAUUUACCUGAUCGAUUCAAAGAUGUGCAUACCUCAAUGUCGAAAGCGUUUCAUACCUCGUUGUUGAGCGGUGCUGCACUGAACAAUGAGAACCGGACAACGACAGUGCUGCCAUUGGAAGCGGAUGAUUUGAGCGGGAUGCCGAGACAUUGGAUCCAGGUCUCAACAAAUGAUAUUUAUUACUCUGAUGGCGUUUGCUAUGCAGAGGCGUUGAGAGAGGCAGGUGUUGAGGUUAACUUGGAUGUUGUGGAGGGAUGGCCGCAUACAUUUUGGUUGAAGGCUCCAUAUUUGGAGAGAGCGGUGCAAGCGGAGAGUGAUAUGAUUGAGGGAUUGCGGCAGUUGUUGGAAUGUGACGUUCAGAAGGUGAAGGUAGUACAGGCGGAGGAGAAGCUUAUGUCUGUCCUGAGCGACAGACUGUGA